AUUAACUUAUAUUUUAACUUUUCGAACUUUUUAAUUUGUGUACUUUUAACAAGUUCAAAUCAUUUGUUCUCAAAUCGUGCUUUUAUUUUCAGGAACUUUGACCGGAAGUGCUUUUCCAUGCUAGCUAACUUGCUAGGCUAGCCUUCCUUCAAACAGAGCUCCACCGUCACACAGCUUGUGUGUAGCUACUCGACCUGAUAAACAACUCUACUCCACUCCAAAUAGCUUCAAAAUGUUGUCCUACAUCAUUGGCCUGAUUCGAGGCGGUUUUGACGCAGUCAUCAACCUCAUCUUCAGACUUUUCUUCUCCAAGAAGAGACGUGCCAUCACCUUGGAGGACCCAAGCAUUAAAUAUGCUCUGCGGCUUAUUGACAAACAGAUUGUCAGUCAUGACACAAGGAAGUUCCGCUUUGCGCUGCCUUCUCCUGAACACAUCCUCGGCCUUCCUAUUGGGCAGCACAUUUAUUUGUCUGCUAGAAUAAAUGGGCAGCUGGUUGUGCGCCCGUACACACCGGUGUCCAGCGACGACGACAAAGGCUUUGUGGACUUGGUGGUGAAGGUAUACUUUAAAGACACUCAUCCUAAAUUCCCAGAAGGAGGAAAGAUGAGUCAAUAUUUGGAGAGCCUUAAGAUCAAUGACACUAUUGACUUCAGAGGGCCCAGUGGGCUCCUUGUUUACAAAGGAAAAGGUAUUUUUGAAAUUCAGCCUGAGAAAAAGUCUCCAGCUCUGACCAAAACAGCAAAAUAUUUGGGCAUGAUCGCUGGAGGAACAGGGAUCACACCCAUGCUGCAGCUCAUCACUGCAGUGAUGAAGGAUCCUCAGGACCAAACAGUGUGUCACCUGCUGUUUGCCAACCAGACUGAAAAGGACAUCCUGCUGCGGGAGGAGCUGGAGGAGAUUGUGGUGAACCAUCCAGACCGCUUCAAGCUGUGGUUCACUGUAGACAAAGCACCUGAAGGCUGGGAGUACAGUCAGGGCUUCAUCAGUGAGGACAUGGUGAGACAACACCUGCCCCCUCCCAGUGAUGACACCCUCAUCCUGAUGUGUGGGCCUCCACCAAUGAUCCAGUUCGCCUGCAACCCCAACCUGGACAAAGUGGGCCACUCCUCCAGCCGCAGAUUUGUCUUCUAGACAUCAGAUGUUUGGCUGUUUAAGGGGCUCCAGUUAUUGUUUCAGCCCUGGAAGRAUUAAAGCAGCAGGUAUUGCACAGCGUACGCCAUAUUUAUGAUAUUAUGUGACACAAUCUCAGAGAGGACCAAUUUGAGUGAUGGGAUGUUGUGGAAGGUGGGAUGUUUAGUGUGAAAAUGAGAAAUGUUGAAUAAGCUGUGGCUCCAGUUUGAUGAUGCACUAMAGGAGCUGAGGUUUCUGGCAGGUCUGAGUGCCUUAGCGCUGACAAAGCUUUAUUAUCACUGUUACUGCGCUCGCUUCACUCGUUUAAAAUCACAGAUUUUCUUCUGUGGCUGUAUGAAGUUGUUUACAAUAAAAUUAAAGUGUUAUUGAAAUUAAA